AACUUCCGCAUUAAGCAGGAAGAAGUCAACAGUCAAAAGAGCCAGAUGCAAUCCGCAUCAACACACCCAAAUCUGCCCAUAUAUGACUGUUUUCUGGUGUCAAGCUUAUUUAGAAAAUAAUAUUUUGGGGAGGAACUGAUGUCCAUGAGGCUGUUACCUUGAAACUAACCGGUGAAACAAGGAUUACAUUUGAAAAGAUGGAUGACAUUGACGCCAUGUUCAGUGACCUGCUGGGGGAGAUGGACCUCCUCACUCAGAGUCUCGGCCAGGAAACAGUACCUCCUGAGCCUCCUGAGCCUCUCCCCAGCACCAACAAGGAAGUCAACUUCUCCAUCGGCUUCACCGACCUCAAUGAGUCCCUCCAUGAACUGGAAGACACCGAUUUGGACGCGCUCAUGGCUGAUUUGGUGGCAGACCUUAAUGCGACGGAAGAGAAACUCGCAGCAGAGAUACAAGGUCUGAAGGUGCCAUCUCCGCCCCCGCCAGACCUGCCGCCACCACCUAAGGACCCAAGCUCCCGCCCUAUGUCCUCUCUCGCUUCCCCGGCAUCACCAGCGAGUAGCACCAGCAGCAAUGUUAGCACCCCAGCCUCAUCUGCCGCCUCCCCUUUCCCACCUCCGCCUCCUCUGAAUGCAAAGCCUACUAUGGAGGAAAUCGAGGCACAGAUGAAAGCAGACAAAAUCAAACUGGCUCUUGAGAAACUCAAGGAAGCUAAAGUGAAAAAGUUGGUGGUGAAGGUGAUGAUGAAUGACGGCAGCUCCAAGACUCUGAUGGUGGACGAGAGGCAGAAUGUGAGGGAGGUGUUGGACAACCUGUUUGAGAAGACUCACUGUGACUGUAAUGUGGACUGGAGCCUGUGUGAGACCAACCCUGAACUGCAACUUGAACGGACGUUUGAAGACCACGAGAACCUUGUUGAGCCUCUCUUAGCAUGGACGAGAGACAGCGAGAACAAAGUCCUCUUUCAGGAGCGGAAGGAAAAAUACGAGGUUUUCAAAAACCCACAGAACUUUUAUCUAUGGAAGAAGGAUAAGAGAGCUCUCAAAGAGAUAAAAGACAAAGACAAGGAGUUAUUAAUACAGGAGAACUUCUGUGGGACUUCCAUCAUCGUGCCUGAUCUCGAGGGGGUGAUGCACCUCAAAGAGGAUGGCAAGAAGUCCUGGAAACCGCGACUCUUUCAGCUGAGGGCCUCAGGAAUUUAUUACGUGCCAAAAGGGAAAACCAAGUCAUCCCGUGACCUCGUCUGUUUUGUCCAGUUUGACAAUGUAAAUGUCUACUAUGGCAAAGACUUUAAGAGCAAAUACAAAGCCCCGACUGACUUCUGCUUUAUUCUGAAGCAUCCUCAGAUCCAAAAAGAGUCUCAGUACAUCAAGUACCUCUGCUGCGAUGAUGCUUGGAGCAUGAACCUUUGGGUGACUGGAAUACGGAUUGCAAAGUAUGGUGUGUCACUGCAUGAAAACUAUAAAACUGCAGAAAAGAAAGCAGCUGUCAGCUCUGCGUGGACGAACCGCAGCACCCCAUCGAGCUCCAACUCAUCAGCGCCCUCACCCACCAUCAAAGCCAAAUCACCAAGCCAGGCCAACGGUCAUGCUCCCAAGCCCCAACCAGGACCUGUGUCUCAGGUAUAAAACUCUUCAUUUUUCAU